GAGCCAAAAGCACUGCCUUGACAAAAGGCAAGCCUGCAGCCAACAAAGGCAUCCUGAAGGUAAGUCUGAAAGCCAAAAACUUGGCGAAAUUGGGCAAGCUGAAGCUGAAGGAUAAGAUUGCAAAGGCUGUGGAGCAGAGUGAUGGGGAUGUGGAAGCUGUUGCUAAGGUUUUGCAGGAACAGUUGACACCCCAAGAGAAGCAGAGUGCUUGGUCAAAGCACCAAACCUGGCUCAAAAACCAGGGCAGCAGCAGUGAUGAGAAGCAGGAGUAUGAGGCCUUUGACAAAAAGGCCAAAGGCUUGGCAGCAGUGAUGCACCUCAUCAAAGCUGACAAGACAACCUUUCUCAGUGCCACUGAAGAGGUUGCCAAUGGCACUUCCCUGAACCACCAAGAGAAAUGGGUUUCGUGGACCAGAAUGUUGACAGAAUUCACAGAAGAAGAACUGUAUGCCCACAUAGCCCGUGGGAGGGUACAGUGGCGAAACGAUCCAUGGACAGCAGGACUGUUUCAGUACAUGGACACAGGUGAUUUGACAAAAAUCACCAAAGUGAAGAAGGCCCAGGCCUACAAGAGGGGGCAGGAGUACAACCCAGAGGAGCAGGACCACCAAGACUAUGAGGGGGUCUCAAACAUGCACCUCACUGCUUACCUGCAAAAGAUCAAAGGUAAGGGAAAAGGUAAAGAGUUGGCCUUGACAAAAGGCCAAGGGAAGGGCAAGGACAAGGGCAAGAAGCCCAGGCUUGCCCUCAAGGACUUGGAGGAGGGCCAGGAGGAAAGCACUGAGCAAGCCUGGGAGAAGGUUAGCUCUAAAGCUAAAAAAGCAAGAGACCUCCUCUGUCGCAGUGCUGCUGACUUGGAUGUGUCUGUCAAGAAGACAAGGCUGAGCAAAGCUUCCAAAGAGGAUGCCACUCACUGCAUUUGCGAGUGCAGCAGGCUGGUGGAGUCUUUGAAAGUGCUCCUUGCCAAAAGGGAGAAGGCCAUGAGCUUGACCAAAGCCAAAGAGCUGCUUGUAGAGGCAGCAGAGGCAGCAAAGGCAGCCAAGGAGGAGUCCAAGGAGCUGCUUGCUGCUGCAAACAAGGCAGCCUCCAGGGCUUCAAAAGCUUCAAGUUCCAAAAAGAAGUGA